AUGAACAACAUUGUGGUUUUUGGGGGCUCUUCUCACCCCUCCAUAGUUGACAAGAUCUGUGGAAACUUGGGAAUCAAGCCCUCGCAAGUCAAGCUAGGAAAAUUUUCGAACGGAGAAACGAGCAUUAGUAUCAACGAAUCUGUGCGUGAAAAAGACGUCUAUGUAAUCCAGAGCGGCUGUGGACAUGUUAACGAUAACUUCAUUGAACUGCUGGUCUUGUUGAAUGCUUGCAAAACUGCCUCUGCAUCCCGUGUGACUGCAGUAAUGCCUUACUUCUGCUACUCUCGUCAACCGGACAUUCCUUAUACCGCUAAAGGAGCACCCUUGAUCUCUAAGCCCAAAGAAAAGUACACCUUUGAAAGUAUUCCAGGCACACCUGUGUCUUCCGUCACAACGACGCAAACACCCGCUGGACCUUCCAACGACGCUUUUAACGCAGGUGGCAUCGGCACCGAAGACAAGAAACAUGCGGAGCCAACAACUUUGCAACAGCCCACACCUGUUCGUUUCGCAGAUGAUGGAGCAAUUCACAAAUCACCAUCGCAGUCACGCAUCCCCAUGGUUCCAGAGCGUAAAGAAAACAGUUCUGAGUUAGGUUCUCUCUUUAACGCCAACAACGCGGGCUACAAACUUUGGGUUGCCCAAGCGGGUACCUUGGUGGCUAAUCUUCUAACAACUGCUGGUGCAGACCAUGUUAUCACCAUGGAUCUUCAUGACUCGCAGUUUCAGGGAUUUUUCGAUAUUCCCGUCGAUAACUUGUACUGUAAGCCCAUUGCCCAUAAUUACAUUCAGUACAACAUUCCAGAGUACAAAGAAGCUGUCGUUGUGUCUCCAGAUGCUGGUGGUGCUAAACGUGCUGCAUCUCUUGCGGACGCACUAGAGAUCUCUUUUGCCCUGAUACACAAAGAGAAGAGAUCGCAAUUGCCUAAGGGUCCUCCAGAUGCGACUUUGACCUCGGGUGGAGGAGCAGCAAUUUCUGGCAAGCCCCUUAUUGCAUCCAGCUCAAUGUUGGCAACCAACUCACAAGAGAUGAGGUCUUCGACCUCGAGCUCCAGAUAUGUUCAAACCACAAUGCUUGUUGGCGAUGUCCGUAACAAGACAUGCAUCUUAGUUGAUGAUCUUGUGGACACUUCCUAUACUAUCACCCGAGCGGCAAAGCUACUCAAAGAUCAAGGUGCCACGAAGGUAUAUGCUCUGAUAACCCAUGGUGUAUUUUCUGGAGAUGCUCUCAACAGAGUCGCUCUCAGCGCAAUCGACAAGAUCGUCGUCACAAAUACAGUGCCGCAACAUGAGACAGUCAAGUUUUUGGGCAAAGAUCGAGUGCAUGUCCUCGACGUUUCGCAGAUCUUCGGUGAGUCUAUCAGGAGAAUCCAUAAUGGUGAGUCAAUUAGUAUGCUCUUUGAGCUUGGAUGGUAA